AUGGAGGUGGUUGACAAGAUUGCCGAGCCAGAGGGCCCUUCAGUGACCACUGCCCAGCAGCCAAAUAAUUUAGAGUUGCCAGCAUCAGUAGUGAUAGAUGCAGCUAGGGAAGGGGAGGGCACACAGCAGCGGGAUGAGAAGGACCCGUCGGCAGAAGGCGGGGAGAGCUUCCGGUUCCGGGGCGAGGAAUCGUCGGAUGAGGGUGGCCGGAGUUCGUUCUCCGGGGCGAGCCACCCGCCGGAGCCAAUUGAUGUGGAUCUUAUGAGCACCUUGUAUGUUUCAGUUGACGAGAAGCCCGGGCCACCGGGGUGCUUGCUGCGAGGCCUGUCAGCCAAAGGACCGUCCAUGGAAGACAUCGCUGUCCAUGCCACGGAUGUGGUUGCUUUGGUUGAAGAGAUGAAGGUGCCCGGUGCCCCUGUUCCAGAGCCUCCUGGCGAGGCCGUGCCCUCAACUCAGUCGUCGUCGGAGAAGGAUCGCGUGUGGGGUGCAUCCCUCCCUCCGAGUGGCAAUGGCAGUCCCCAUAGCGGCAGUGACAGCGCCGGUGCCGUCGCCGCCACAGGCAUCAGGAACAGCCUCACAAGCACAAGCAGAAGUGGAUCCAUUGCCAGUGAACCCGUGGUGACCGCCGGGAGGACGCAAGACAGCGCAAAGGGCAGCUUCCGAGGCAGCUCAAUGGAGAGCAUAAAGACCAGCGCGAGCCAAGCGAGCGACGGCAGCGACGACAGCGGCUGCAGCAACAACAUCACGGGAGCCGCCAGCAAGCCUCACAAGGGCAACGACCCUCGGUGGCGGGCGAUCCUCGCCGUCCGGGCCCGGGGCGGCGCGCUCGGGAUGAGCCACUUCAGGCUGCUGAGGCGGCUAGGGUGCGGCGACAUCGGCAGCGUGUACCUGUCGGAGCUGAGCGGGACGAGGUGCCACUUCGCGAUGAAGGUGAUGGACAAGGCGUCGCUGGCGAGCAGGAAGAAGCUGAGCAGGGCGCGGACGGAGAGGGAGAUCCUGCAGCUCCUGGACCACCCCUUCCUCCCCACCCUGUACACGCACUUCGAGACCGACCGCUUCUCGUGCCUGGUCAUGGAGUUCUGCCCCGGCGGCGACCUGCACGCGCUGCGGCAGCCUGCACGCGCUGCGGCAGCGCCAGCCCCGGAAACACUUCUCCGAGUACGCGGCGAGGUAAUCAUCCGUGUUCCGGUAAACAUCCAUCUUCUCUAG